AUGUCGGUGCUUCCGGCAGAGACUCAUGCAGAGCUAACCCAGCUCUUGCAAGCUCUGCAAUCCUCGGACAACACUAUACGAUCUCAGGCCGAGGGACAUUUGCAAAAUACCUGGACCAACACUCGCCCUGAUAUUCUGUUGAUGGGCCUGGCUGAGCAGAUAGCUGCUUCGCCUGAAACAUCCGUAAGCAGACUCUUUGAUCCUGCGCUCCUUUGCUGCCGUCAUAUUUCGUCGAAUAGCAUCAAAGACACGCAAGAACGACAAAGGCGACAAUUCAGAGGUAUUUUAUCAUUACCUUUCGAACAAGCUUCCGUUAUCCGCCAGAAACUCCUUGAAGCCUUAGCCAACGAGAGAGACCGCCUGGUACGGAAUAAAAUAAGUGACGCUGUUGCCGACGUCGCAAGACAAUAUUCAGAAUCCACUGAGCAAUGGCCCGAGAUUCUAGCCGUUCUCUUUAACCUGAGCGUGGCGACUGACGCAGGUCAACGCGAGACUGCGUUCCGUGUUUUUGCGACUACACCAGGUAUUAUCGAGAAACAGCAUGAUAAUGCAGUAUUGGAUGCCUUCAACAGAGGAUUCAAGGAUGAUUCUGUUGCAGUCCGCUUGGCUGCUAUGGACGCCUUCGCGUCCUUCUUCAGAAACCUCCCCAAGAAGGAUCAAAAUAAAGAUUCGCAUGACUCAGAAGACCUUAGCAAAGCCCUGGUUGCCCUAAUCGAUUUAGCUGAGACCUCGCCUAAGAUGUUUAGGCCCUUAUUUCACAACCUCGUCAUGUUCAGCGUCGGCGUUAUACAGGACAAGGAGUUAAAUGACCUCAGCCGACAGAAUGCACUCGAACUCAUGGCUACUUUUGCCGAUUACGCCCCGUCCAUGUGUCGCAAGGAUCCCUCUUAUACGACCGACAUGAUCACCCAAUGUUUAAGUCUAAUGACAGAUCUCGGCGAAGACGAUGACGAUGCUGCCGAAUGGUUAGCAUCAGACGAUUUUGAUCAGGAAGAGAGCGAUUUGAACCAUGUCGCAGGAGAGCAGUGCAUGGACCGGCUGGCCAACAAACUCGGAGGCGAAACUAUUCUGGCCCCAACGUUCCACUGGCUCCCCAGAAUGAUGACUUCUAUGGCCUGGAAGGAUCGUCACGCGGCUCUGAUGGCCAUCUCGGCUAUAUCGGAGGGCUGCCGUGACCUUAUGGUUAAGGAACUCAGCCAUGUUCUUGAGUUGGUUGUUCCUGCGCUGAAGGACCCCCAUCCGCGAGUUCGUUGGGCCGGGUGUCAGGCUCUCGGUCAGAUGAGCACAGACUUCGCGCCUACGAUGCAGAAAGAGUACUAUGAUACUGUCUUGAAAGCUAUCAUUCCUGUGCUUGACUCCCCGGAAGGCCGUGUUAAAGCGCAUGCAGCUGCCGCAUUGGUUAACUUUUGUGAGGAGGCGGAAAAGAGCAUCCUUGAACCCUACCUUGACCAGUUAUUAUCCUCGCUAUUCCAACUUCUCCAGAAUGAGAAGCGCUACGUCCAGGAACAAGCACUCUCGACGAUUGCCACCAUCGCCGAUGCCGCCGAAGCUGCCUUUUCCAAGUACUAUGACACAUUGAUGCCUUUGCUCGUUAAUGUCCUGCGACAGGAAACCGAGAAGGAGUACCGGCUACUUCGUGCUAAAGCUAUGGAAUGUGCUACUUUGAUAGCAUUGGCCGUUGGAAAGGAACGUCUCGGAAACGAUGCUAUGGUCUUGGUUGAACUCCUUGCUAACGUUCAAGAACAUAUCACCGAUCCUGACGACCCACAGUCGCAAUAUCUCAUGCACUGCUGGGGACGCAUGUGUAGAGUUAUGGGCGCCGAUUUCUUACGCUUCUUACCAAAUGUCAUGCCUCCUUUAGUUGAAUUAGCCAGUGCCAAGGCUGACAUCCAGCUAUUGGAUACGGACGACGAGAUUGAACAAAUUCAACAAGAAGACGGAUGGGAGCUCGUGCCGCUCAAGGGCAAGAUGAUUGGAAUCAGAACUAGUACUAUGGAUGACAAGCAUAUGGCUAUCGAGCUGCUCGUGGUUUACGCGCAGACCCUCGAGGGUCAUUUUGCUCCGUACGUCGCUGACACGAUGGAGAAAAUCGCACUUCCGGGUCUCGCAUUUUUCUUCCACGAUCCCGUUCGAUUCAUUUCAGCGAAGCUUGUUCCUCAGUUACUCAGCUCGUACAAGAAGGCGUAUGGCCCCGAAUCGAAUGAACUUCGUGGUCUAUGGGCUGGAACCGUUGACAAGCUGCUCGAGGUGCUUACUGCUGAGCCGGCCAUUGAUGCUUUGGCUGAGAUGUACCAAUGCUUUUACGAGUCGGUCGAAGUAGUCGGCAAGGAUUGCCUCAACUUACAACACAUGGGCAAGUUUAUUGACGGAGUUCACUCGGCUAUUGAAGAUUAUAGGGACCGUGUUGCUAAACGCGAAGAAGAUAAGGAAGGGGCUGCUGCCGAGGAUGCCGAGGAUGAAGCUGAAGAUAUCAUGAUUGCAAUUGAGGACGACCAGACCUUGCUAUCUGAUAUGAACAAGGCGUUCCAUUCCAUCUUCAAGAACCAUGGUUCCAUUUUCCUCCAGCCAUGGGAACGUCUCAUGGGCACGUACGAGAGCUUCCUUACCUCGGCGGAUCCUACGCAGCGGCAGUGGGGUCUAUGUAUUAUGGAUGACGUCUUAGAAUAUUGUGGACCGGAGAGUGUUCGUUAUGCUCAAGCUAUUAGCACUGCUCUCCUGGAAGGUUGUAAAGAUCCCUCGGCUGCUAUCCGACAGGCUGCUGCGUAUGGCAUUGGUGUGGCCGCUCAUCGUGGUGGAGCUCCUUGGUCUCAGUUCCUAGCUACAUCGAUACCCUACUUGUUUCAAGCAACUCAGAUACCGGAUGCGCGCGGCGAAGAGGCUGUUUACGCCACUGAGAAUGCUUGCGCGGCUAUCGCAAAGAUUUUGCACUUUAACAAACAGAGUUUACAGGAUCCCCAAACUAUCGCAGCACAAUGGGUCAAUACUUUGCCAGUAACAAACGACGAAGAGGCAGCGCCAUAUGCCUACGGCUAUCUUGUGGAGUUAAUCGAACAACAAAACCCUGCGGUAACUAGCCAGGUUGACAAGGUGUUUGUCUACGUAGGACAGGCCCUUGAAGCUGAAAUGCUCCACGGACAGUUAGGCGCACGCGUGGCCCGAGCAAUUCAGAUCCUCCUUCAGUCGGCAAAUGUUGACCCAACGCCAUUGUUGCAACAGCACUUCUCGCCUGAAGGGCAACAGAUCAUCAGGCGUCACUUCUCAUAG